AUGCAGAGUCAAGGUCACGGUAUCGAGCAUCGGGCUCAGCGCAAGCGAUCGGUGCAAGAAGCUUCGCACGACGUUUCGAAUGACGAACCUGGGACCGACGAGAUUCCUUGGGAAUGGAUUUACGAAGACGACGCGGCCGCUCGAGACGAUGACCAAGAGGGCGAACGCAAGCGACGCAAAUUGGCUGGAAAUCCGAUCGUUGGGGCCCGUAUUGGCACAUUCGAGUGUCGGGUAGGUGACAUCGUUCUUCUAAAAGCCGACGGCUCAAAUGAAGCUUGGGUUGCCAUCAUCUGCGAAUUCGUGCAAGACGAUGGCGAAGGCGACAAGGCGGCCAACUUUAUGUGGUUUUCAACGGAAAAAGAGAUUCGAAGCAAGGAUAAAAAGCGCAGCGACUUCUAUUGGAACGAACUAUAUCUUUCACCGUCCUGGGACGUCAACUCCCUAUCCUCUAUCAAUGGCAGAGCCAGGGUCAUGUCGCUGGAUAAGUUUCUCUCGCGACAUCCCUCUGGCAAGAUUCCGCGAAGCUCUCCCGAAUAUGGCAAAACAUUUGUGUGUCGACGCGGCUGCAAUACGAGAACAGCCACGUACACGAAUGAAUUUCUAUGGGAGGAUGUCUAUUCCGGCGCCGAUGAUCUCUUCUCCCUCAUGGAUAUGAUUGAGAAGGAUACCAAGGCAACCCGAAAGAAACGGCGAGUGAAGAGCCCAGAGGCUGUUGAUGCAGUCUAUUUUGCGCCUCAAACACCCACAAAACAGCGGACACCAGCAGCUGGGACGCCUCACUCGCGGGGCCGCACACCACGGGGAGCCGGCAAGAAGUUGGAGUUCACACCGCUGGCGAUGCGUAAGCUGUCGCCGAGCAAUGUUGAUUCCUCGCCAUUCCAGAUUGCACGGUCACGCCUACAUGUGUCUGCUGUCCCUGCCAGCUUACCAUGUCGUGAAGGCGAGUUUUCUCUCGUAUACUCCCAUCUUGAAGCAGCCAUCACAGAAGGCACAGGAAACUGUAUUUAUAUCUCCGGCACGCCAGGUACUGGCAAAACAGCAACUGUGCGAGAAGUCGUUUCGCGAUUGGAAGACGCCGUGGUCUCUGAUGAACUAGACGAUUUCAUCUUCGUCGAGAUUAAUGGCAUGAAGAUUACUGAUCCCCAUCAGUCCUAUACACUGCUGUGGGAGGCGCUGAAGGGGCAGCGCGCAAGUCCAACGCAGGCGCUGGAUCUUCUAGAGCGCGAGUUCAACAAUCCUAGUCCGCGACGUAUCCCCUGUGUGGUUUUGAUGGAUGAGUUGGACCAGUUGGUCACAAAAAACCAAGCUGUAAUGUACAACUUUUUCAACUGGCCAACUUUGCGACACAGUCGCCUUAUUGUUCUGGCUGUUGCCAACACCAUGGACUUGCCUGAGAGGACAUUGAGUAACAAGAUCAGCAGUCGUCUCGGCCUGACCCGAAUCACAUUCCCUGGCUAUACUCACGACCAGCUCAUGAAGAUUAUACAGUCGCGGUUAGAGGGUGUCCCAGGAAACAUUGUGGAUGCCGAUGCGGUUCAAUUCGCCAGUCGUAAGGUUGCUGCUGUCAGUGGCGAUGCCAGACGAGCCUUAGACAUUUGUCGAAGAGCAGUCGAGCUAGCAGAGGCCGACGCGCCACCCGAUCCGUCCACGCCAAGCAAAAAAGCGCCGGGUGGUGAUACAGCGGAACUCUCACGCCGCGGUCGUGUUACCAUUACCACGAUCAAAAAGGCUAUCAACGAGGCCACCUCCAACCCCAUCCAGCUGCAUCUACGUGGCCUACCGCUGACGAGCAAGCUCCUCAUAGCGGCAGUGCUCUUACGGAUCAGAAGAACCGGCCUUGUGGAGACAACAUUCGGUGAAACUCUUGACGAACUACAGCGUGUAUCGGCAUAUGCACCACGAGCCCCCGCUGGCAUGGCCCAGAUCCUUGGCAGUCACGCCAAGGGCACUGGACAGGGCGGCGCGCAUCAGCGUCACACAGGACGACCCGGCUACGUCCACACAGCUGCGCUCGAUCUUGUUGCUGCAGGUCUCAUCAAUCUGGAAGCCCAACGGGCGGAGAGGAGCAGCAAGCUACGACUAGCGAUUGCCGACGACGAAGUGAAAAUGGCGCUUCGUGAGGAUCCGGAGCUCCGUGCACUCGGGAUCGGUAUAUAA